AUGGCAAUGAAAAAUCAGACUUUUCUUGGUGAUUUUAUCCUCUUCGGAUUCUCAGAGCACGGUGUCUUGCUGUCUUUUCUCAUGGCGGUGGUUUACGCCAUGAUUCUGAUGGGGAACGCUGCAAUAUUUAGUAUUAUCCACAAUCUUCAGGCCCCCAUGUAUUUUUUCCUUAGUUACUUAUCUAUCCUAGAUAUUUGUUAUUCAACUGUUACUCUCCCUUCUAUGCUAUUUAACUCCAUCACAGGCAACAGAAGAAUUUCCUUUCACAGGUGCUUCAUACAGCUGUAUUUUUUUGUCUCGUUUGGAGGGGCAGAGGGCCUUCUGCUUGCAGCCAUGGCGUACGACAGAUAUGUGGCCAUAUGCAACCCCCUGCAUUAUCCCAUCAUCAUGAACAGGAAACUCUGCUUCCACCUUGUUGCUGGGUCAUGGGUUUGUGGCUUUUUGAAUUCUGUUCUUCACACUGUGAUGACUUCACACCUGUAUUUCUGUGAAAUUAGGUACGUCAGUCAUUUUUUUUGCGAUGUACCUCCACUGCUGAAGGCGUCUUGCACUGAUACACACACAAGCCAGGUUUUAUUAUAUGUUGUCAAUGUUUUUCUAGGAAUGACUCCAUUUGUAUUUAUUAUUAUCUCUUACACACAUAUUAUUUCCACUAUUAUAAAAAUUCACUCUGCUGCAGGAAGGAGGAAGGCUUUUUCCACAUGCUGUUACCAUGUUCUAUGUGACAGGUAAUUAUAA